AUGCGGCGAGGCAAAGAGCGUUGGACGCACGCGGACGACAAACGUCUUGGCCGCGCACUGUUGGGGGUGUUUACCAACCAUGGAGAGGAGGUAAUACUGAGUGACAGUUGCGCACUCUGGAAGCGCGUACAGCAGCAGUACCAGGACCUCUUGGCGGCCGAGCAGGUGGUCGCGCCGGACAUUACGGCGGCCCAGCGCAGCGCUCGCUCACUGCACACGCGCUGGGCGCAAGGCAUCCGCCCGGACAUGACCCUCUUUGCAUCGCUUGUGGAUAAGAUGCAAAAGGCUGGCAAGAAGCCCGCCAAGGCCAUUAAACAGGCCACAAAGCUCUUCCGGGGGAGGCGGAGUGAGAUAAACGCGGAAGCCGUGCGUCAAUUUGUACAGGAACGACAGCGUCCGCCGACGGAUAGCGGUGACUCGGAGACGGACGCAGCCCGCCCGAAAUUUAAAUUUGAGUCAUUCCACUUCCGCCACUGCUAUGACAUUUUAUGUUCGAACUCGUCUUUUAUGGAGGCGCUGCUGGAGAAGAGCAGGACGAGUAGAGGGAAUGAGCCACUCAAAAAGAAUCGUCCGACAGAGGGAGCAAGUAGUUGCCAGGAGAAGUAUCGAUCAUUUAUAUUGAGUGACGGGUCGGACGUACCCGACUCGCAUGAGAGCGAGGAGCAGGUGACGAUGCGACAGUAUCCGCCUGCAAGUCAACUUCAGAAAGAGGAAGUGGGCUCUAUUAGUAGGGAGCACCCGUCGAAUUGGCAGUACCCUCAAGCAACUGCAAAUGGCGUCAAUAGUACCACCCAUCCUUCCAACGUAGCACAACGCGAUCGUGAAAGUGUGUUCAUCACACUCGAAGAUGCAAGCGACGUCCGCAACCCCCCUCGUCUGGAGUGCGACCGUGCAGUAGCUAAUGAGUACGUCCGUCUGCGUAUGCAGGCACUGAAGGAUGACCGCCGCCUGAAGCUUUUGGCUGAGCUUCGAGGUGUCGUGGCAACGAUGUCUCAACUUGCACAGCAGCUUGCGUGGAAUGGUGUGGCAUCAGCAGCAUUGACUGCACGGACGGGAGGUGUGUGUCCCGCAUUGGACCAAGACGUGUUGCGUGACAUUGCCUUUUUCCGUCAUGAAAAAGAGCGGCUGAAGCAAGAGAUAGCUGCAAAUGGCACCAACUCGAAAUGA